AUGUUCCAUUUCGUGUCGCAUGAUGGAUACUCAGACGAAACAGUAGCUUUCUUAUUUGGAGAUGUGGGUACUGCAACACCAUACAACACCUUUGACCAUUCGCCACAGGAAAGCAUAUCAACCACGAAGUGGAUCAGUCGGGAUAUUGAAGCUCUUGGUGACAAGCCUACCCUUGUCUCACAUAUUGGAGAUAUCAGCUAUGCAAGAGGCUACUCAUGGUUGUGGGACAACUUUUUCACUCAGAUUGAACCUAUGGCCUCCAAGGUCCCCUACCACGUGUGUAUCGGUAAUCAUGAAUAUAACUGGCCAUUACAGCCAUGGAGACCUGAAUGGUCCUACUCAAUAUUUGAGAGCGAUGGGGGUGGUGAAUGUGGAGUACCAUAUGGUCUCCGGUUCAACAUGCCUGGAAAUUCUUCAGAACCAACUGGAACACAUGCCCCAGCCACUCGAAACCUUUACUACUCAUUUGAUGUGGGGGUGGUGCAUUUUGUUGAUAUAUCAACUGAAACCAAUUUCUACCGGGAGCAGCCAGUAUAA